AUGGCUGCGUACGGCGAGGACCUAGGGAACCAGAUCUUCGUGACGUUGCGACGCGGGGACGAGUGGCCUCCAAGAACUGUGGACGUGAGGGUGCGCUACGAGCAGACGAUUGGCGACCUCAAGGCCGCCGCCGCCAAGGCGCUUCAGGUACCGGUUGACAAGCAGCAGCUCUUCUGGCACGGCAAGGAGCUGACAUCAGCAUACGACAGUCGUACACUGCUGGACAUGGACAUGCACACCGGCUUCGCCCUGCAGGGGUAUGACCUGACGGUACCCCCCAAGUUCUGGCCGCCAGUGAAGGAGACCCCCGAGGGGCUGGUGGUGCUCGCGUGA